UUGGAAUUACUACACAAUGCAUACUGAAAAAGUUUCCAUGGCUCAUCUUUUAAUGCACUUGGAAAAAACCUGGAAUCACCUGGACUUUCAUAUACAUCACGCGCAAUUUAAAGAGGUUUUAGAGAAUAUUUUCUACAAAAUGAGUGUACGAACGUACAAUCCGUCUGUCAGAGUUGGCAAUUGGAACGAAGAUAUCUGUUUGAAAGAGGAUUUGCUCAAAGAUUUUCUUGACAAGAAAGAAAAAGGCGAACUCCUGAUUCAAAAAACCCACAGCUUACAUAAAACAAUUCUCAAUAAGGUUGACCUGUCCCCUUCAUAUGAUGGCUUUGUCCAUUUUGGUGAUCUUGUGGGAAUCUUCAACCCUGAAACAGAGGUUGUACUUUCAGCAAACAUGCCGGAAAGCAGAAUGUACGAGGCGUUGGCCCUCGAAGGGCCUUGCCCUGUUUCCGGUUCCAAGUCGCUGGAUCCCUGCAUUAGAAACAUAUUUGUUGUUACAAGCUGCGAAGACCCUGGUGAACGUGGGAUUGUAAAGUUUGGUCAACAAUUUUACUUGAAAACACUUCCAGGAAUCGGUGGAGAUUUAGCGCUGCAAAGUGACAGGGCAACAUUUAUGAAAUGUGCAAAAAAAUCGCGACAACAAGAAAUUCUUUUGACCGAAGGAGCUUCCUUUCUCUCAGCGUGGAAGGUACUAUGUUAUGAUCCGCAAGAACGUCUUGAAACGGAAGGACUUCCCGUUCCGGCAAAUAAGAAAAUCCUGAUUUGUCAUUGCAAGACAAACCAAUGUCUGGCAUCUUUGUCCGACUUCUCGUUCAGGACACCAUUUGGUCGCGAACAAGAGGUGGUUGCCCAGACCUGCCUAAACUCUCACAAAGCUGAAAUGCCUUUGAAUCACUGGGUGUUCGUCAAAGAUGAAUGUGGUCAGCGGUUGCCGUCGAGAACCUCGCUCCCGAGCAGACCUGUGACUCGUGCUAGUGAUAAGAACCCGCACACGAGUUUACCACCUACAGCAAGUUCACUGGCUACAGCACCCUCAACGGGCGUUCCGUCGGCGGUUCCGUCAACUGUCAGGCCUGAAAGCCAGACGACCAGUCACAAAUCGCGCUAGUCUGGUGUGCGUGAAAAAAAUUAAAACUAAUUAUUUGUAAAUAUUGGUCGUUAUUAAAUUUAAUACUUGUAAUUACUGCCUUAAGGUCUAAUUCUAAACACGAUCCAAUUCACUUCUGAUGGAUGUUUUAUAGCUGUUGACUUGCAAUGUAUGUAGGCAGCAAAUCAACCUAAACCAACACAGUGCUGCUUUAUUAAUAAAUUACUAUAUUGCAUACAUCAGAAAAUUCAGAAGUGAAUUAGAUCCAACAAAAUUGGAUCGUUUGAACAGACCUUUACAAAAAUUUUUUGUCAACAAGGCUAAUUAGUAUGUCAAUCAGUGAGGCAAAAAGGGUUGAGCACUUAAAAAGGUCAGAUUGGUUAACUUGAAAAUUUAUCUCAAAAGAAGACAAGAGAUGACAUUUUUGACUCACAAUGGAAACAUAUUUGCU